UGGCUUAAAGCAGCCACCGUAGGGCGUCACUGCCUAGCUACAAAUAACAUCGCUGGAAGAUUUACCAAAUGUGUGCGAUAUAAACAUAUAUUUUUGUUUUAUUUACUCUAUCGUGCUGACCUGGGGAUAUUUUAAGAGUGGCUGCUGUUAUGAUAACAUGAAUCGCACGAACACCGUGAUUUGUUGGUCAAUGGAAUUCAUUCGUUAGCAUAAGCUUGCUAAGCUAAAGAAGAGAAAUAUCCGCAGCUGGAAACGACUGUUUUUUCCAAUACGUACUUUCAAUUUGGAUUUUUUUUUUUUAAACGAAACGCAUACUCGUUCCCGUCAUGUCAGACAUUGACAACCUCGUUGUCACCUUCCAGACGCAGCUACUAGAUGUGAUGGAGACUGUGGUGAAAACAGCCAUGUAUAAGGUCACACAGUUGGUAGAGGAUUGCUUUUUGGAUGAAGUGAAGCGUAGGUACCAAGAAUUAGAGACCUUAAGGAUAAAGUUGGGAUGCGCUGAGAUGCAAUUAAAUAAUCACAAUGGGAAAGAAGUAAAAAAAGAUGGCACGUGUGUUGAUAUUACAAAUGAUGACAAUGGCAAUACUUCAGAAGAAAGGCUUGGACAUGAUGAUGUUUUGAUGUCCGGUAGCGGGGAAAAAGAAAGUGACUCUAGAUGGACGGGCAGCCAGAUCUGUGAAACAGAGGCAGAUGGACCUCCAGCUAGUUUCAUUGCAGUGGAGGACACACAUAAAACUGAACAUGCUGAUGUGAUGCCGGCUGUCAAUGUGAAGGAAGAAGUCAAUGAAGAAGGAUAUGAUUCUCACAAUCUAAGUGUGAGGAUAGAAACGAACCCAGAUGAUGAUCAGGAAACCGUCACGGGCGAUGUGUUUUUGAAGAAUGACACAGGGAAAGACCUACAGAUAUCAAAUAUAUGCAACUUUUCUGAAGGCUUGGAGAGCUCAGACAUGCCGACGGAGCUGUCUGGGGAAAUGCACACUGACUGGACGCAACAUCAUCACAGAGUUCGACCUGACUGGGAGUGUGAUCCAGCCAAAAGCAAUUGUUCUUUACAGCAAGCAAAGAAUGAGCCAUUAGACUCUGCUAUGGAAGAUGGGAGGAGUUGUGUUAAUACAAGCAUGGAUCAACUUUCGACCUCUGAUUCUUCCUCCAUGCAAAAUCCUAACUCACCAAACAUUCCAAUUACUAAGCAGGUGGUUUUUGUGGCUCCAAAUGGUGGUGUUGACACUCAUAUCCUGAGUAACAAAUCAUCAACAAGGUCAGAAAUCGCAUCCUUCUCAAGUGCUGUUAAGCAAAAUACAAAUUCCCAUAAAACCACAAUGCCAGACGGAAUGAAGCUGCAUUCUAGAAAUACAGAACAGGACAGACUGAAUCAUGUAAGCCGACCCUUGAAAAAGACUCUUCCCAUACUGUCAAACAGCACUGCAGCUCCACCUGACAAAAUUUCCCCCUCUUCUAAAGCUACGCCCCCGACUGGACUUUCAUUUCAGCGAGAUCACCUCGCAAACAAAUUAACUACCACGCUAUUGGUUAACAAUAGAGCGCAGCCUCCGUCUUCAAACUCCCAUCAUACCUAUCUUUUAUCCCCUCCAGACUGUCACCUGGUUUUCAGGCACUCCCUGCGCUGUGGCCAGUGUGGGAAAUGUUUCCCCCACCCUAGCAGCCUUAAGGCUCACCUGCAGUCUCACUCAGGUGAGAGACCUUUUUGCUGCUCUUUGUGUGGCCGCAGCUUCACCAAGCUGAGCAAUCUCAAAGCACAUCGGAGAAUCCACACUGGAGAACGACCCUAUUGCUGUUUGGCGUGCGGGAAACGGUUCACACAGAAAUGUAAUCUGAAACGCCAUCAACGGAUACAUGUUGACGAGGGAUAGUCUUAAAGAAAGGUUUUGUGUGCAGCCUGCAUUGGUGUUGUUAAAUAUCUGUGUUAGAAAAGAUAUGUCAAAUAUUUAUUCUGUGAAUAUACCAAUUCUGCCAUUUCCGUAGACUAUACCGUACAGUGCUGAAGAUGUAACCCUAACCCGGAGAUGUUGAUUAUUAAAUUCCAUCAUGUGAACACAGC